UAAGUUACAUGAACGUCAGGAAACAAUUACUUAUACAGCUGAAUGACUUUGUGGUUUCAGGGCAUUCUAUUUUUAAGUAAAGAAAGGGUAGAAUGCAAGAUCGACCAAUAGAUUGUUGUGAUGUCUGCUGUAAAAUGGAUUCCAUUCCAGUCUGUCAAAGAUAUAUCAUAUUUUAGCUUUGUUUAAAGUUACUUCUAUUUUAGUUAGUAUGAGUGGAUUUAUUAGUAACGAUUUGCAAGUCCAAGCUACAUUUCUAGAGGUGUUUAAUACUUACAACAAUAAUAGUCUAAUUAAUUAAAUACUCUUUUUGAAUCUUCACUUAUUACAGGAACUCUCUCUUUUGUGUCUUUGGUCAUUAGCUAGGUUUAAUUUAAAAAUACUUGGAAUAUUGCAACAUUCUUCCAAUUAUUCCUGCAUCUGGGUUUCUUCCUGUGUGCCUAAUCAUAACACAAACACUAAGAACUAGUCGCUAGACCAGCGUAUCAAAAAAAAAAAAAAAAAACACUAUAAUGACCUUAAAGUCUCACUCAAUUUUCUUUGUAAAGGUGUCCCCAGUGGUCUUUUAAUUAUUGUGUCAUUUUAGCCAAAAUCAAAAGACCUGUGUCUUUUUCUAGGACAUAAGCCGAAUUCCUUCUCUACUCACUGUAUAGUACACAAUAUAUAGUGAGUUCGCCAUUCUGUAGUGCUGUCCAAAUCUACCAUUUCAAAAUUGAGUGCACUAGAAAUUUCCCAGAAGUCUUUACGAAAAAAUAGUGAGAGCACCCCUACUUUCCGUCAUUCACCCGUUUACACUCUCCCUAUUCUUUUGAAAACCGUGUUUGGAGUUUUCAUAAAUUAAUCUGAUAUAUAAAAACGUGUUUCACCAAUCAGGAAAAACUGUAAUCUUCUCAGUUUAUUAUCAGGCUAUCAGACUUUAAAACAUAAUAUGAAAAAAAAAACAUGUCAUUGUAACAGAUAUAUUUCACAAUUUUUAGACAAAGAUUAGCUUUUUCAAAAGUUAACCAAAGAUAAAGACAUGUACAUAAAAAAGGGAAAAAAACAACCCAGAAUAACAGCAAGUGAAAAAACUUGUUGUCUUGAAAAAAAAAGCUAACAUACUAAAUAAACAUUCUUUUUCCUUGUAGACUGAGAGGUAUUUAUUUUAAUAAUUUAAUUUCAUACAUUUAAUCUAUUCUGAUUUGUCUUAUUUGUUCCUUUGAUAAUCAUUGACUUUCUUUUUUCUUUUUCAGAUUUAUUUGUUUAAAUCUUUUUUGUCCAAUAUUUCAAAGCAAUAUACAGAUAAUUAUUUAAAUAUUUUUAAAACAGCACAAUUAUAAAUUGGAAAGUCACCAGUUUCUCACUGUUGUUGUCAUUUUUUUUUUUGUCUUUUCUACCAUCAUGUUCAGGCUUUUGAUACAUUUUUACUUUCACUUCUGCGGACAAGGUGGAUCUAAAGCAGCACGUCCCAAGCUCUUCAGUUCAUUUGCUCCCUCCUUUCAGCGAAGACAAGAGGUAAGACACAACAUUCAAAGAAGAGUUUUGUUGUCAAGUCUUGAAUAUUCUUAAUGAUUUUAGAUUAUGUUAUUCGUGUGACUGUUGUUACUUAACUUUGGUUUUAAGGUUUAGAUAAAAGAUUUGAUUUAGAAUAUAUGAAACUUCACAAGAAAAAUUAAAGAUGUCUAUGUUUUGCCAGUUGUGCACAUUGAAGUAAGCUAUGAACAAUGGAAUUAAAAAUCUUUGCUGGUAAUGUAGUGGUUUUUCUCCAGUUUUGAUCAACUUCUUCUUUAACAUAAAAAAAAAAAAAAAAAAAUCACAAAGAAGCAGGUGCAUACAUUUUUUUCUAAAUACCAAAUAUGGCUUUGAGUGACAAUAUAUAUUUACUUUAUCUGUGUUUUUUAGGUUUGAUAUUGACAAAGACUCAAAAGAUAAGUUAUUAUUUUCCACUUGAUCAUAUCAGUCAAGAUGAACUCCAAGAUGAUGCCAAAGCUCAAGGAGAAUCAACAGAAAGCAAUCUGCUCCCAGCUGAAAAAUGUUGGGAAACUGAAUUUGAUCUACAAAGCCAGCAUCCAUGGUUUUACCAGUGCAGCUUUCCACCAACACUGUGACAACAAGUCACCCACUGUGUCUGUGGGCUACAACAAAUCUGGUUUUGUGUUUGGAGGCUACACCAGACAAUCGUUCAGUCAGUCUGGACAGUGGGUGAAAGAUAAUCAGGCCUUUGUGUUCUCCUUCAGUGGAGCAAAACUAAACAAAUACCCAGUCACUGAUGCUACAUAUGCAGUGAAAAUGACCAACAAUAGUGGUCCUAAUUUUGGGGACACACUGAUUCUAGCCUACAAAAACGGCCCAAACGUCUACAGCAAUCCUGGAAGUCACAGAAGUUUAAUGUACCAUAAAUACUACAACUUCACUGCUGAAAAAAUGCAUGGCAAUGACUUGGACCUGACUGACUGCGAAGUUUACCAGGUGGAAGAAUGCUUGAAAUUUGAAAAUCCAUGGAGAGAAGUGACUUGGACGGAUGAGGAAAAGAAGAAGUUGAUGGAGAGAAUUGAAUCCUACAAACCUUCGAUCAGCUCUGUGUCUGAAGCUCGGGUUUUACUUGUUGGAGCAGUUGGAGCUGGAAAGUCCAGCUUCUUCAAUUCUUUCAAAUCUGUAUUUAGAGGUCAUUUUGCAGGCCAGGCCAUGGCUGGAAAUAUAAUCAGCAACACCACGACAACACAAUUUCGCAGCUUCCAAAUUAAGCAUCAAGGCAAACUUCUGCCACUCGUCAUUUGUGAUACCAUGGGACUGGAGGCAGAUGAAAAGGAGGGGAUUCAUCCUGAUGAUAUCACUAACAUCAUCAAUGGUCACAUACCUGACAGGUAUCAGUUCAACCCCUCUGAUCCACUUCAACGUGAGGUUCAAGGUUUCUGCAAGAAUCCAGAACUCAAAGACAAGAUCCACUGUGUGACUUAUGUCGUAGACGCCACCAAGAUCUCCAUCAUGUCCCAAAAUAUGGAGGAUAAAAUAAAAGCUAUCCGCAAAAAGAUCAACUUGUUACGGAUCCCUCAGCUGGUGAUGCUCACUAAAAUAGAUGAAGCCUGCCCUCUGGUGAAAGAAGAUAUCAGAAAUGUCUACAAGAGCAUGUACAUCAAGGAAUUAAUGGAGGAGGCUUCAGCUCGUAUCAAUGUACCUGUGUCCUGCGUUGUUCCAGUGAAGAACUACAACAAGGAGCUGAAACCAGACAUGAACAUCGACAUCCUGCUGCUCAAUGCGGUCGAUCAGAUACUUAACUUUGUGGAUGACUUCUUUGAUGACCAAGAGUCUGAAUGAACAGUACUCCUAUCCUCCUCUUGGAAUUUUAGCUUAUCUUGUCAGAAGUCAACACACCAAAUCAUGUCUCCAUCUAAACCUAUCCUCUUUAGACUCCUCACUUGCAGCAAAAAUCCUUCUGUUCUUCUUGUACAUCCAUAUAUCUUCUUUUUGGGCUUCCUCCUCUCUUUCCGACAAUCAAGGGUUAAAAGUAAAAGGGGAGUUUCAGAUCAUGUUUAGGAGUGCUUACUCCCUGUCUUUGCUUAAAGACUGAUUAUUUGUCAAGAAUGCAGACACUUGAUGCGUUGAGUGAAAAGACGCUGGAAUGAGAAUCAGUACCUUCAAGAUAAUUCUUAGCCAAGAAAAGAUGAU